AGCCGGCGCCGGGCGGAGGCGGGGCGCUACGGAGGCGGCGUAAGGAGGGGCGGCCGCCCGCCUUCCCCUCAGACGUGGCGGCGGGGGCGGCCGCGAUGUGGCGGCGGGCGCUGUGCGUGGGGCUGCUGGCCCUGGCGCUGGGCUACCUGUGCCUGCUGGGCCCCCAGCUGCCCCCCUCGGCCCUGCGGCUCCUCCCCGCCUCGCUGCUGGGGGGGCUGCGCCGGGCCCGCUCCCUCGAGAGCCGCAUGGUGGCGGCCUGGCAGGCGGCCAUCGUCCGCCCGGCGCGGGGUUGGGCGCGCGUCGCCGUCGGCGUCAACGCCUGCGUGGACGUGGUUCUGUCCGGCGUGAAGUUGCUGGAGGCGCUUGGUCUCGAACCUGGGGAUGGAAAAAACCACGCCGUCCUGACCUCGCGGCAGGACCUGAGGGAAGCAUUUGCACACUUCAUGGAGAAAGGGGCGGCUGCCGAGCGCUUCUUCAGCGAUGCGGAGUCUUUCCAUCACAUAGCACGGACAGCCUCGGAGUACCCAGGUGCCCAGCUUUACGUAGGAGGAAACGCUGCUCUCAUUGGUCAGAAGCUUGCAGCAAAUCCAGACCUGAAGAUCCUUCUUUGUGGCCCAGUUGGUCCCAAGCUCCACGAACUACUUGAUGACAAUGUGGUUGUGCCACCUGAAUCCAUGCAGGAAAGAGAUGAAUUCCAUCUCAUCUUGGAGUAUCAAGCAGGUGAAGAGUGGGGACAGGUGAAAGCGCCCAAUGCCAACCGCUUUAUCUUCUCCCACGACCUAUCAAACGGCGCCUUAAAUAUGCUGGAAGUGUUCGUGUCCAGCUUGGAUGAAUUUCAGCCAGAUCUUGUGGUGCUCUCAGGCCUUCACAUGAUGGAAGGCCAGAGCAAGGAGAUGCGACACAGACGACUUAUGGAGGCUGUGGCCUCCAUCUCUGACAUCCCUACUGACAUUCCUAUACACCUGGAGCUGGCCAGUAUGACUGACCAGGAUUUUAUGAGCAACAUUGUGCAUCAGCAGGUCUUUCCCCUGGUGAACUCCAUCGGGCUGAACGAGCAGGAGCUGCUCUUCCUCACGCAGUCGGCCUCUGGUCCCCACGCCUCCCUUGCUUCCUGGAACGGCAUCCCCGACGUAGGCGUAGUCAGCGACAUCCUCUUCUGGGUCCUGAAGGAGCACGGGAAGACUGCAGACCGGGCCUCUGAUCUCACACGCAUCCACUUCCACACCCUGGCUUACCACAUCCUUGCCACGGUGGACGGGUUCUGGGGCAACCAGGUUGCUGCCGUGGCUGCUGGAGCUAGAGCGGCAGGGGCUCAGGCCUGCGCGACCGAAACCAUUGACACCAGCAAAGUCUUUCUGAAAGCUCCGCUGGAGUUUGUGACCUCCCAGAUAGAGGCACCUUCCAAAAUAUCCUUAAAUCCAGAUGAGCCAGUAGUGCAUUGGCACAGAGAAGGCAUCUCAUUCCACUUCACACCCGUUCUGGUGUGUAAGGAUCCUGUCCGGACCGUGGGACUUGGGGAUGCUAUUUCAGCUGAAGGACUGCUAUAUUCAGAAGUGUAUCCUCAGUAGGAGACUAAGGCCCUCCUUUGUCUCCAGUACUGUAUGGUGUCUGAGGAACUAUGCUCUUCUCAUUAGGAUUUCAGGCAGCGGUGAUCCAGGAACACAAUCAGGGUGUGCUAUGUUUUCUGGACAUAACUGAAAAAGAGCCAAAGAAUAAUUCCAGGUAUAAACUGUCAGAUGCAUUCCAGUCGCUUUGCAGCGACUAAAACAUGUCACGUUGAAGUGCAGAGGUUUUAGUAUAUAAUGUGAAAAUUGGCUUUUCUUUGUCUUAAGCAUGCGGGGAGGGAAACGAAUGCCAAAAUCCCUGUCUGGAGUAGGUUUGCUCUUUGGGUCUUGCCUGUUAGUGCUGGAAAGUGCUGCAGCCAGGAGAAUUUCCUAUGUGUGGAUCCCAGGCUGAGCACAGCAGUGCUCAGCCCUGCCUUGCUUCUGAUAAAGUAAAAAUAAAAGGCUCUUGCAUUAUCUCCUCUCAGCACAUUGCUACAUGGCAAGAGCAAACCUUCCGUUUGCUUGGUGCGAUGAUGAAAUCUAUUAGUGACAAAAUUACCUCUCAACCUCAGCGCCCCUCGUGCUGGAGGGAGCUGCAGCCCUGAAAUGUGACGCACGCUGUACCUCCUCCCCGCCUGCACAGAGGAAACCAGACUCAAGGCAGCGUAGGUGAUUUUGGGUCUCUUGUCUCUGUGAUUAUCGGUAUUGAACUGAGUCCUAGUUGCCUGCAUUUAGUGUGGGGGCAACUAAAAGUGAAGAUAGUCUGGGUUUUUAUUUUAUUGCCAGGUAAACCACAAAACACUCCCUGUGUCUGCUGAACACUACAUGCCAAGGGUUUCAGCCAGAGGGGCUUACAGCUUGCUUUCUUUGCUAACGGCAGGUGCUUAUGUCUGGUAUUUUCCAGCUGACAGAAAAGCUAUUGAGUGCUGGAGACUUUUUUGUUUGUUUGAGAACUGACCUGACAGGCAAUCUUCCGUCUCCCUGCCUUCCAUUCAGAAGGGUUAAUUUAUUAGGGAAGGGCCCUCUGGAGGCUCAAAAGCUACAACAGGUAAGACAAAUGUGAGGAGCUUUUUAUUUACUUUGACUAGGUCACUAGGCUGUCUUUGCUCUGGACAGCCUUUGAAAUUAAAAAUAGAGGAGUCAAAUUGUCUGCUAUAAUCGCCUUGUUAGUUUAGAAAUCUUGUUAAAUACUUCAUGUAUUUUUUACCUCUUGGUAGCGGCACACCAUUGAUUGCACAGCACCAGCGUUCUUUUGUCUCUUUUCCAGCAUGGUUUUGUCUCUGUCCGCUUCCAGGAUCUUCAAGCCUAUUUCCAUAGCAGUCAUACACCUUUUUUUUUUUUUUUCAGUGUAACUGAAUUAAAUGCAAUCAGUGUGUCUAUGCAAGUCUGCACUGUACCAGAAUUUGUAGGGGGUCACUUUUGGUCAGUCAGCGAUGAGGAGAGAACAUUACCAAUUAGGCUGGCCUGAUCUCUUUCAGUAGGACUGUCACAUGGCCGUCAGUGAGGUUCUCCUGGCGGAAAAUGCCAUCGUGAAUGCUCUGUAAGGAUAAAAAUUGACAGCUGUUGUAACUUGUACUGACUCAACACAAAACGCUCUCUGUCAACAUGUAUUUAACUUCUCCUUUCCCUCUGAGGAAAGUCUUACAUGUUGCACCAGAGGAGAAAUACAGUCAGCGCCGUGCUUUCCUGUAGCUUAUCCCAUCCUGGUCUUCAGAGUCUCAGUAUUUAUCUCAAUGCAGGAUCUUCUUAAGACUGAAAGGCUUUCUAUUCUUUGUUGGUGUUUUGUUUUAUUUUAAUUUAUAAAUUGUAGCAUGGAACUUAGAGUUCUGGUUUAGUCUUCCUACAGAAAAAAAAAAAAAAAAAAAAACAAAUUGAAAAAUUCUCCUUUCAGCCAUCUGAAAGGUCUGAGGCCAUUAGCAGGGUUAUUUGCAACCUUUGAUCAGAGCCUUCUGGUACAGCACCGCUGGGACCACCAGUGGCCACGCAUCCUGCCAGCUGGAGAAGUAAUCCUUUGCUUACGAGAGGUCCCACUUUCCUGACGUUGGGCCAAGCUGUGUGGAUUCUCGGGUUGGAAACGAAACAAAACUAAAUGCACACAAGCUGUCAUGAGCAAUGGUCCUGCUGCUCUGUUUCCCUUCUCUCUUCCAAAAGCAUUUGCUGAGAUACGAGGCCAGUUGGGCUGUGAUUGUCUUUUGGCCAUUGAAAAUCGGGUAACUGCGCCAUCAGAACUUGUCCCAAGGGGAAGGCAUGCUUACACUAAAAUGAAUGUUACAGGCUUAAAUUCAAACUCUUUUUAAAAACUAAUUUGAAUAAAUAACUGCUGUAAGUAAGUAUGAAAAAGGCAGUUAUUGCUUAAGAAUUCAUCUGGGCCUGAAAAACCUAACCAUGAAGCAACGACUCUGAACUUCUCCUUCCUGUUGCUCUGUUCCUUCUCAGCAGGUAAUGUUUCUGCCUCGCCUCUGGCCUGCGGUUGGUGUGCUGCGAGCCUGGUGAGGCUGCAGCUCUGCCCGAGUAUCUGCUUUGGUCGGGCAUCUCACUGCCAGCUCACCUGGUCACCAGAUUCACUUAGCCAGGGUCAUUUUAACAAGCGUGACCCGUUAAUCAGAUGAGCCCUUGGUAUCCCUGAUUAAGUUUUGAAACAAUCUAUAUGAUAAUAAAACUGAAUCGAAUGGC